AUGAGGGGCAACAGCAGAAGCAAGUCAGACCAGAGGACCUUCACAGAGCAGAGUCGAGAAUGUGUGGACAAUGGCUACCUGCUCUCCUCCAAGAUUGGCUCUGGGGCUUUCUCCAAGGUCUACCUGGCCUACGCCACUCAUGAGUGCAUGAAGCAUAACCCCAAGCUGUCCUCUGACUUGCAGGGCAAGCACCACACCAUGCUGAGGCAUGUGGCUAUCAAGAUUGUAUCCAUGGCUGAGGCUCGAGUGGAGUUCUCUAGAAAGUUCCUGCCCCGUGGGAUUUCAUCACUCAAUGCCACCUACAAACACCUGAAUGUAGUGCAGUUGUAUGAGACUUGCCAGAACAGCCAGCGCUCCUACUUGGUGCUAGAGCUGGAGGGCUGAGGUGACCUGCUAGAGCACAUCAAUGCAAUGGCAGACCUCUGUUGUUGCCCAGGGCUGGAGGAGGAAGAGGCCCGACAACUGUUCUGGCAACCGGUCAGCGCUGUGGUCCAUUGCCAUAAUGUUGGCACUGUGCACCGCUUCCCUUCUCCCACAGACUUGAAAUGUGAAAAUAUUCUGUUGGAUGACCAGGGCUUCCUAAAGCUCACAGAUUUUGGUUUUGCAAACCGCAUGCGGCUCAAGAACUCAUUGCUGAGCACCUUCUGUGGUUCUAUGGCCUACACAGCCCCAGACAUCCUCAUGAGCAAGAAGUACAAUGGUGAGCAGGCCAAUCUGUGGAGCCUGGGAGUAGGCAUCAUCCUUCAUGCCAUGGUGUCUGGGAAGCUGCCCUUCAAGGAACAUCAACCCCAUUGUAUGCUGCACAUGAUGCACUGUGGUCCCAUGUUCUGGCCAGGGUUAUCCCCAGUGUGCCGGGAACUGAUCAGAGGACUGCUCCAGCUGCACCCCUGUGCACGCCUGGGACUGCAGCAAGUGGCUGCUCAUUGUUGGAUGCUGCCUGCAAAACAUACGCUGUCUUUAGUACUUGGUGCUACCUCAGAGCAGGAGGCUUCCCAGUCAGCUAUAUCCCUUGACAAAACAGAGCCUGGCACCAAUGUUGUGUAUCGGAGGCAACAGCUGCAGUAUCCCCAACAGAGGACAUCUCCAAGAAGAAUGUCACUGGUCCAGCUCUCUGGGCCCUGGAAACCUGUACCAGAGGAGUGGGUUCUACCAGACUUGGGCUCUGGAACACCAUGGCAGGUGGUUGCGCUCUAUGCCCCAUGUUCACCAUUGGGAACAUGCCUGGGCACUACCUGGUCAAUGGAGGGUGAGUGUGGGCAGACAAAAAUCUUCAUUCUGUGGAGCUGA